GCGUUGCUUCAGCAAAUGCUGAACAGUUUCGUUCGGUUAGUGUAGCAGUUAAGUUCGUAUAAGCGGCUAAAUACGGCACUACACAGUUUACCGUUUUGUCAAUUGAGUAGAACUCAGUGUGAGCACAAAUUAACUGCCAAAAAAUAUUGUGCAAAUUGUAGUGCAAUUCAAGCCGUAAGCCGAAUUAUUGUUAUAAACUUAAGUACGAAAAGUAAUUGAGGAGAAUAGAAAACAUUAGUAGCAUACUUUUUGGCGUGGAAGCAUUCUGUGCAUUAGAGAAUAUCAGCUGUGCUUGCAAAGUGAUUAAAAGCGUUUGGCUCCAGUGUACAUGUUAGUCUUAGCUAAAUUUGGCAAGUGUCAAAAUAUUGCUUGGUAUAGAUUUGGGCGCAGUGUUGCCUACUCGCGAGUGUAAAGUGCAAAAUUGCCCGUGGUGAAAAUAAAUCAGUAUAAGCGCACAAUUUACGAGCAGCGGACGCAAAGAAUUCAGCACGAAAAGCUAAUAAAAACAAAAUAGUAAUUAAAUUUUGUGAUUUCAACGACGUCACCACAAACGAUAACGGUAAAGAUUAAAAGUAGCCACAACAAUAAGUGAAAUAGUGAGUUUUUCUACGCACGCAGCAGCAGCGGUGACAAGCGCCGCAAAAGUAUAAAUAGGGUGUCCGAUAAGUGUGCAAUGGUCUUUGCUGCAUGGGGCAAUCCUUCGGGCCUGCUAAUGUUCCUGGUAUGCGCGCUGGUCGUGGUGUUCGUCACUAAUGUGCCCAGCGCUGUGGCCACAGGCGGAAGCGUUGCUCCGGCCGCGUUUAACGGGAAGAAUGACGUAUUCACCAGCUCGUUCCUGGUGCGCUUUAAACGCAGCGUCGACAAUGACCUAGCAGGCGAUGUGGCUGCGCGCUACGGAUUCGAUAAUAUUGGACCAUUAGUUGGAGGAAACGGAAACGAGUAUCACUUCAAGCACAGGACAUUGCCACACGCGCGCACAAGACGAAGUAUCACACACACGCGACUCUUGAAGAGCCAUCCAUUGGUUCAUACGGCAGUUCAACAGCCGGGUUUCAAGCGCGUUAAACGUGGUCUGCGACCGGCGAUUCCCGCUAUUCAUGGCCUCCCAUUCGAGUCCACCUUUGGCGCAAAACCGAUUGGACUUGAACCAAGUGAUCCGUAUUUCCCCUUGCAAUGGUAUUUGAAAAACACGGGUCAAAAUGGUGGCAAAAUGCGUUUGGAUCUCAAUGUGCAAGCCGCUUGGGAUCAAGGUAUAACCGGCAAAAAUGUGACGACCGCAAUAAUGGACGACGGUGUGGACUACAUGCAUCCCGACUUGAAAUUAAACUAUAAUGCCGAGGCUAGCUAUGACUUCAGCAGCAAUGAUCCCUUCCCCUAUCCGCGUUAUACCGAUGACUGGUUCAAUAGUCAUGGCACUCGUUGCGCUGGCGAAGUGGCUGCUGCCAGAGAUAACGGUAUAUGCGGCGUUGGCGUGGCUUAUGACAGUAAAAUUGCAGGCAUACGCAUGCUGGAUCAGCCGUACAUGACCGACUUAAUCGAGGCCAAUUCAAUGGGUCAUGAACCUCAUAAAAUACAUAUUUACAGCGCAUCCUGGGGACCCACCGACGAUGGCAAAACCGUCGACGGACCGCGCAACGCCACCAUGCGUGCCAUAGUACAAGGCGUGAACGAGGGUCGCAAUGGUUUGGGCAACAUAUAUGUUUGGGCAUCGGGCGACGGCGGCGAGGAGGACGAUUGCAAUUGCGAUGGCUAUGCGGCGUCUAUGUGGACAAUUUCCAUUAACAGCGCCAUUAACGAUGGACAGAAUGCACACUACGAUGAGAGUUGUAGUUCAACGUUGGCUAGCACAUUUAGUAAUGGUGCCAAGGAUCCCAACACUGGAGUGGCCACUACAGAUUUAUACGGCAAAUGCACAACCACACAUUCGGGCACUAGUGCGGCGGCACCGGAGGCAGCCGGGGUGUUUGCGCUCGCACUCGAGGCAAAUCCAUCGCUCACAUGGCGAGACAUACAGCAUUUGACAGUGUUGACUUCCAAGCGUAAUUCACUAUUCGACGCUAAGAAUCGCUUCCACUGGACUAUGAAUGGUGUGGGUCUGGAAUUCAAUCACCUCUUUGGCUUUGGAGUUUUGGACGCAGGCGCUAUGGUGACCUUGUCAAAGGAAUGGCGCUCAGUGCCGGCGCGGUAUCACUGCGAAGCUGGCGAAAUUGUAGAACCACAGCCCAUUUAUACCGGGCGAUCAAUGUUUCUGGAAAUAAAAACCGACUCUUGCAAAGGCACUGACACCGAGGUGAAUUAUUUGGAGCAUGUGCAGGCGGUGAUCUCCGCCAAUGCUACGAGACGAGGAGACUUGGAGCUAUUCCUCACUUCGCCGAUGGGUACUAGAUCAAUGAUAUUAUCACGUCGCGCCAAUGACGAUGACCAUCGUGAUGGCUUCACAAAAUGGCCGUUCAUGACCACACACUCAUGGGGCGAGUAUCCACACGGCACGUGGAAAUUGGAGGCACGUUUCAAUUCACCGCAACCACGCUCCGGCUGGCUCAUUGAAUGGUCGCUUGUGCUGCACGGUACCAAAGAGGCGCCCUAUCGCACACUUUCACCCGCUUCGCCGCACUCCAAGUUGGCCAUCGUGAAAAAGGCGCACGAGGACCGCAAGAUGAAGUAGACAGGUCAACUAACGAAAAGCGAAAAAUUCAUUAGAAUUUAUUAAAGCAAAAAUCCAUAUGAGUGGGGAUGAUGAUCAGGGGCGAAAUAAAGCAGAGUAAACAAAAUGAGAAAUGUGUGGUUACAAGAAGAGCCGAAAGCUAAUACAGGUGGCCAGGCCGCAAACCAGAGUUUCAAUAGAAAAGCAAAUACAAUUUUUGAGUUGUCAAACACAUAACAAAAACAAAAACAACACACACUUCUUUAACAAAGCAAUGAAAUCAAUAAAUUUGAGCAACAACAACUGGCGUGAAAGAUUCGAGUGAGCAACUUGCUGCAGGAAAUGAGUGCGAGCAAUUUUGUUUAGGAAAUUCUUCUCUUUACAAUUUUUUUGAAAAAUUUAUAAUAUUUUCUUAAAUUUGUACUGAAAAGUGUGCAGCAAUUUUUAUUUAUUUUUAAAAGAAAUAAAUUCUAUAAAUAUAUUUAUGUAUAUAUAGGCAAUUUCACCGUUUUAUGUAAAUGACCAAACUUUUUGAUCUUUGAAAAUGUGAUUUUAAAUAAAUACCUGCAUACAUACUUGUAGUGCUUACAUUAUAUGUUUAAUAUUUUCUUUCAAUAAAAUAUAUUUGUUUAUUACUGCAAAAGACUUCUAUGCAUAAUUGUCAAUGCGAUAGCGCACUUACAACGCACAUGAAGCCUAAACACAUUAUAUUAACAUAAAAAAAUAUUUUUGAUCAUAUACAUACAAAUUUAUUGUAAUUACAAAAAAAAAAUGUUUUUUAAAUAAAACUUUUUUUUUAUAUUUUUUUAAAGUAUUUUUUUAUUUUUAAACAUUUAAUUUAUUUAAAAAAAAUUAUUAUAAAAAAUUAAAUGAAAUUAAACAAAAAUAUAUAUGUACAUAAAUAUACAACACGUAUUAAAAAACUUUAAUUUUUAUAUUUAAAAAUUUUUAUUUUUACUGCUUGUCGUUUUAUUUAAUGAAAAAGUAAAAAAAAAAUUAUUUAAAUGUAAUUGAAAUUAAAACAAAAUAUAGUUUAACAUUCAUAUAUUACACGAAUUAAAGAAAUGUUAUUAGAAAAAUAUAAAAAAAGUAUGUUUCAUUAUGUUAAAAAUGUUUUUAUAUUUUGAAACUUUUAUUUUUACUGUUUGCCGUUUAAAUUUAUUAAAUAAUAAUAACUAUUAAAAAGUAUAUGAAAUUAAAAUAUAUAUAAUUUUUAAAAUAAAAAAAUGAAGAAAUAUAAUUUUUUCUAUAAUUUUUUAUGUAUCAACAUUUUUAUGUUUACUGUUUGCCGUUGAAUUUAUUUAAAAAAAUAUUAAAAAUCUAAACCAAUUAAAUUUGCACAUACAUAUAUUUUUUAAUACACAUAUUUUAUAACAUAAUGAAACGUAUAUCCCUUUUAUAUACAUAUAAACCCUAGUGUCUAUACAAUACCACACUAUUAUAUAUUUUUUUAACUUUUUAAAAGUGACCAAAUACGCGCAUUAAAUGUUGUUUUAGCACACUGUCUCAUCUUAAUCUUACUAACAGUAUAUUCAGCAAACAUAAUACACAUAACUGCAUAUAUGUAUAUGUGUUCUUCCACACAGAGUGUAUUUAAAUAUGUAAGAAAGUUAACUAAAUUGUAUUGUUAAUUAAAUAUAAAUAAAAAAAAUUUUAACAAAAUUCACUCACAAAGCCAUAUAUGUAUGUAUACUGAAAACCCUUCCGAAAGAAUUGACUUUUAAUAAAAUGCGUAAAAAAUAAUUUUAAAAACAAAGUACUGUCAUAAAAAUGUAAUAUAACUAUAUAAAUAUAUAUAUAAUAUAUAUAUACAUAUGAACGCAACUAUCUAAAUGCCUAAAUAAAUAUAUAUGUACAUCUGAAUUAACAAAUUAAUUAAACUUUCAUACUUUAUCUUGAGGCCAUUUAAGAUAUCCUAGCUGUAACUAUAUACAUAUACAUAUUUACAUAUAUACAAGUUAAGUUUUUAUUUUAUGGCUGAAACUUCCUCUCCAACUAUUUGUUAAUAUAUAUGUAUAUGAACUCCAACUGUAAACAUAUAUAAACAUUCUAUACCUAUACAUACAUAUAUACAUAUACUUAUAUAUAAUAUACGUACAUACAUAUAUGUAUACAUAACUAUAAAUGAUGUGUGUUGAAGGGAAACACUCAUUUAGUGACAAAGUACUGUACUUAAAUAAUUAUAUAAACACAUAUACAUACAUAUGUACAUGUGAAAUGUGAAACGAGUAGAGAGUAUAUAUAUUUAGUUGAAUUUUAUGUAGAGUUUAGCGAUUAGCUUGUUGAAAAAUGCAAAGUGUAAUGAAUGUCUUCAGCACAGUGGGGCAAAAUGUGAUGCUCACGGUACAAAGUGCAAAAUAUAAAGAGAAAAAAAAUAACAAAAAAUCUAUUCGAAAAAGCUAAAUAAUAUAUAUAAAUAAUGUUUGCCCAGGUCAUUGUACAAUUUUCACGUUUUUUUUUUUUUGCUGAAACUGCCAAGCCUACAUUUUUCGUUCACAUUUUCUAGCACGAUUUGAUUUCUUUCGGGGGCCAAAAACAAACUAUUUUCCAAAUUUGUAUGCUACAAUUUUCGCGUUUAUGCAAUUCUUCUUUAGAAAAAAAAAAAAAACAAUAAAAACGUUUUUUUGUAAGUGUGACGCCGGUGAACACGCUCAUUGAGAUUCUGUAUGUCAAGUGUGGUGAACAGAAGUUGAUGUUAAUUGUUAAAGUUUGUGGAUGACAGCAUAUACAUACAUACAUAAAAAUAAUAAACCAAUUGCACAUGCACACAUACAUAUGCAAACAGAGAAAUAAUAUAAAAUGAAAGAAAAAUAGCAACAAAUGUAUAUGCAAUGUAUGUAAAAUGAAAAUAAAUGUUUAUAAAAGUAAAUAAAUAAAGUGAGAUAUGUAUACAACAUAGUAUAUGUAUAUUUAAAUAUAAUUAGAGAUUGCAGCUGUAUUAUGUAUUUGAAAUGAAAUGUGCAAGUAAUAACUGUAUAGAAUUAAAUAAGCUAAAACAGGCAUACCUAAAAUAAUAUUUACAGCAUAAGUACAUACAUAUAUAUUAAUAUACAGACACAUACCUAAAUAUAAUAAUAUAAAAAUAAUAAUAAUCAAUAUAAUCCUUUGAUGUUGUAGAUACUAUUUUAGUUAAAAAAUACAAACAUAUAUUUAUUUGCAAGCAUACCAAUACAUACGUAAUAUUUAUUUCGAUUGAUUUCACCGAGCCACAAACACUCACACACACACAUACACACAUAUACAUACCUAUACAUAAUAUGUAGCAAGCGUACUCGUAGUUUAGUAUGUUUAGUUGUUUUUUUUUUCGAAUUCUAAAUACAUAUUUACUAGGUUUUGUAAAUAAAUAAAAAGUUCUAUUAAUUAUGGUAUACUCA